AUGCGCGGCCUCAGCCUCCUCGGCGAAACCGAAGCCCAGUUCCGCAAACGACAGAACUUGGAGCGGCAGGAGAGCCAGCAGUCGCUGUACGGGCUCGACGCGGAGCUGAAGGAGAAGGAGCAGGAGAAGCUGAGCAUGGCCGAGUACCGGAAGAUGGUGGACGACGCCAUGGCCUGGCUCGAGCAGAUCCUGGGCGACAAGGGCGUCGGGGACUUCCCCGACAACCUCAAGUCCGGCCGCGUCCUCUGCGCGCUCAUCAACAAGCACUGGCCAGGCAUGAUCCCUCAGGUGGGCGAUCGCCCCAUUCCUCUGAUCGAGCGGGACCUGUUUGUGAUCUCGGACCUGUACGAGGAGAAGUACCUGACGGGCGUCAUCCUCAACCUCUACGCCCUCGCCCCCAUCGUCCAGCGCCAGUCCUCCUUCACCGGACCCACCCUCGUCCGCUACGCCUGA